AACACUGCUAUUUCGGCAACCCCCCCCCCCCUCUUCAUUUCCUAGUCAUUUCGAUCGAGCAUCCUGUAUAUCACACUCAACCACGCCCUUUUUUUUUGUUUGAUAUUUAACAUGUUGGCAACAGUGUUUUUGGAUUGGCACUUUUGUAUUUUGAUUGCAAAAUACACAAAUGUCAAAAAAUAAAUUAAUAUCGGUCAAUUAGAAACGAAUCAAUUAUUUUUGUCACGUACGUUUGUGGAUGAAAACGGCGAUGAAUAAUAGGGGGACGUGUAUCAAUUAUAAAUUGUCCUAUGGCAAUUAACCUGUAAACUGACUGCUGUGGAUCCAACUGCGUUGCCUAGGACAUGUGUUUGUGGGCGUCUCCUUCAUUCAAAUGAUUUCUUAUGGCAUCGUCAACAGCAGCUGAUACCGUUUCGUUAUGUAGCGAAGCCAGCACUCUUAUCGAUGGAAGCGUCAUAUCCACCGUACCGGACAGGCACGGUUUCCUCGGCGGUUCCCAGUACUCGCCCGAGGUCAAGCAGGGACCCUCGUCCGAAACGAUACUACGACGCGAGCACAAGUGGUUGAAGAUGCUUUCCAAGUGGAACUUCUACAUGAGUCGAAAUUAUCGGAAAGUCCGCGAACGCUGCCGCAAAGGUAUUCCCAUGUCGAUUCGUCCGAAAGCCUGGCUGUUUCUGUGCGGAGGUCAGCUGCUGUUGGAGAAGUAUCCGGAACGUUACAGCCUGUGCCUGAAUCAAAAUGCGGACCCGAAAGCGUUGGAGGACAUAAAGAAAGACUUGCACCGGCAAUUUCCGUACCAUGAAAUGUUUAUAUCUGAAGACAAGCCUGGACAGCAGGAGCUUCUACACGUUUUGAAAGCAUACACUGUUUUCAAUCCAGAUGUGGGCUAUUGUCAGGCUCAGGCGCCGGUUGCCGCGUUCCUUCUGAUGCACAUGCCCGCAAUCCAGGCGUUCUGGUGCCUGGUGAGCAUUUCGGAUCGUUACCUCAAGGAUUACUACUCGCCGGGUCUCGAAAUCGUACAACGUGACGGCUUCAUCUUGCAGGCGCUCUUGAAGAAGACCUGCUCGCCGGCGUACCGUCACCUAAAAAAAGUGAACGCCGAGCCGAUGUUUUACUGUACCGAAUGGUUUCUGUGUGCCUUUACCAGAACGUUACCGUGGGACUCUUUGCUACGGAUCUGGGAUAUAUUUCUCUGUGAGGGUGUGAAGGUGUUGUUUAAAACGGCGUUGGUCAUCCUGGAGGGUUGCCUCGGAAACGCACGCAAUCGUAAACGCUGCCAGGGACUAUGCGAAACGUUGGAUUUGCUCAGAAAUCCGCCCGAAUACGUGCUGUCUGAGGAGUAUCUUGUGUAUAACGUCGGUCGAUUGAACCUGACCGAACGCGAUUUUGAACUCGAACAUCAACGGCAAACGGCGAGGCGGAAAAAUGCCUCCUCCAAUGGUGCUUCCAAUUAAAGUUCAACCAUUUUACUCGUUAGUUUGAUUACUGCUUGGUUAAGGAGUAUUAUAGAGUCUAUUUUAUUAUCAUUAUUAUUAUUUUUUAUGUUGUUCUCCUAGUCACGGUUGUAGUUAACAAUUGAAAAGAAUUCUGAAGCA